UAGUUGCCAGGAGUAGCCCCGUGUUGACGCUGAUGGCGAGCGCCAGCUGCUUCCGCAGAUUCACGAGUGGAUUUUCCGGUAUUUUACCGAAACUGUGCAACGCGCGUUCGGUAAAACGAAAGUUUAUGAGCGCGAUUGUGGAUAGAAAAGUGAUAACCGUGUACAUUGUAAACCGCAUUGAUUUUCUUUUUGUGAUGGCUUUCAAACUGCUACGCGUAUAAGUUAUGACAAGAGAGUUGAAUGAACUAGUAUAAGUGAAAAUUACGUCAAAUAGGCUAGGAAAUUUGAAACUAAAUUGUUCGACCUUAAAGAUAACCUGACUCAAAGGGCACAGCAAAGCAUACAGACAGACAGUGGUGUUCGAAGCGUGUGGAGUGCAAGGCGUGCAAUCGUAGUGAACCUCGACGCUCGGUUCGGCUGUUGGGGCCGUUGUGUUUCAAGAGGAAAAUUUCCUUCUAGUUGAUUAGCCUCAGCCAGUGGAUGUGGUAUAAUUGUUUAUUUACCAGAAGUUAGUAUAGUGAUAGCCAACUAGAGGCUUUUUGUGUUUGAUUGAUGGAGGAAAAAACCUUUCCAAUAGAAAUCUAUUGGUAGCUGAUAUGGUGUAGUAUUGGAAUGGAUACUUCAUCGACAGUACAGCAGUAGCAUCAAUGAUUGGAAUAACAAAGGAGGGUGGUAAAAUUUGACCCCAAGUGAAGCUAGUGCGGAUAUGGUUGCAUAAGUUCUUUUGUUCUCUGCAGCAUAAUCGUGCAUGAAAGUAAAAAAAGUGCGAUAAAAAGAAGAGGAAAAUCGAUUGAAGUGUGUUUGUGUUGAGUUGGGAUUUUGGCUCAAUAAUUUUAAAGAUUAGCCGCGAGUUGCAGCCUGCACGAAAAAGUGCAGUGAGAGCUCGGCAUAAGUGGUUUUUGGAAGUGGAUAUUCUGCAUGCUGAAAAUGUCCUCCAUAUCGGCGCAAGGAGUAGUGGAGCGUGCUUCAGCUGAGCUUUCCAAACGUAUCAAUGGCCUUGGCCUGCGUUCAAAGCACCAUCAUGGAAGCGGAAGUGGUAAAUCAGGGGAAAAGACAAGUGUUAUGGAGCGCGUCACAAAUGUGCUCUGCGGUGGUUCUAGCAGUAACAACUCCGCUCAAUCGGCAAAUUCAGGAAACGCACCAGAGAAACCCUCCAGAAUAUCCGGAAAUGCAACUAACAGCGUGGUGAACAGUGGGAAGAUUUCUUCCAACAGUAAAUCACAGUCCAAUACGCCGCAAACUAUACGAAAGAUUUCACAUCACCAUCAGCACCACAGUGGCACCAGCAUUAUAAAUCAUCAUGGAUCAUCGGGAGCACACAGUGGUAAAAUGUUAGCGGCUGCUCCACCACCGCCACAGAUCCUUACUAUUGAACAGUUGUUACAGGAUGAGCGGUUCUUGAAUCGUUUCUUCCUUUAUUUCUCCUCUUUUGAACGUUGUACUUUGGCACAAGUUUGCCAAAAGUGGCGUGAUAUGCUUUAUCGUUCACCACGCUACUGGAGUGGUUUGGUACCCGUUUUACAGUGUCGUGAACUGCGACAGAUCACAAAUCAGGAUCGGGUAAAGCUUUAUAACUCACUAAUUCGACGCAGUUUCCAUGCAGUUUCCCUUUUGGGGGCCACCGAUGAAGAUGCACUAGAUUUGGUUCAUUCGUUUCCUCUCGCCUCGAAACAUGUUCACUCGCUCAGCCUACGUUGCUCGUCCAUUAGCGAUCGUGGGCUGGAGGCGUUGCUGGAUCAUCUGCAGUCAUUAUUCGAAUUGGAGCUAGCAGGAUGCAAUGAAAUCACCGAAGCUGGCCUAUGGGCAUGCCUAACGCCACGAAUAGUGUCACUUUCUCUGGCGGAUUGCAUUAAUGUGGCCGACGAAGCGGUCGGAGCUGUAGCACAACUGUUGCCUUCACUGUACGAGUUUUCGUUGCAGGCUUAUCAUGUGACUGACGCAGCACUUGGGUACUUUUCGCCGAAGCAAAGUCACAGCCUAAGUAUCUUACGGUUACAGUCAUGCUGGGAACUGACAAAUCAUGGAGUCGUGAAUAUUGUGCAUUCGCUACCCCAUUUAACAGUAUUAUCGCUAUCGGGGUGUAGCAAGGUGACGGACGACGGUGUGGAGCUGAUAGCGGAAAACUUGCAAAAACUUCGAGCACUCGACCUGUCCUGGUGUCCACGGAUAACGGACGCCGCUCUCGAGUACAUUGCCUGUGAUCUGAACCAGUUGGAGGAGUUAACACUCGAUCGCUGCGUUCACAUAACCGAUAUCGGUGUCGGCUAUAUCUCGACAAUGCUGUCGCUGUCAGCUCUGUUUCUCCGCUGGUGUACGCAAAUUCGCGACUUUGGUCUACAGCACCUGUGCUCGAUGCGUAACCUGCAAGUGCUUUCAUUGGCUGGUUGUCCCCUACUUACAUCGUCCGGCUUGUCAAGCCUAAUACAGCUGCGUCAUUUGCAGGAACUGGAGUUAACUAACUGCCCAGGAGCGUCUCACGAACUUUUCGACUACUUGAGAGAACAUUUACCACGCUGUUUGCUGAUCGAAUAAUUGGCCGACACGUGGCUACAACGGUGGUUCCUGUUGUUUCUCAUAUGUUUUUUUUUGUUACAUGUACCCUUUUGUAAAAAAAAAAACGGAUUCUUACGCAUGUAGCUGUUUGAUGAUUGUUAGACUGGAUAAUUUGUGUGAAGAUUAGUAAAAAGUAUGCAACUUUACCUGAAUUAUAUAAGUAAGAUGAUAAAGGGGAUGAACACUGCGAAGCUUGGAAAAAUACGAAAUACUCGAUAAUAACAAGUUUAUUAGUUUCACGUGCAAUGACAGCUCAAAGAUUACCAAAACUUUCUUUUAUUAUUUUAAUUAUGAAAAGGACGGUUUUAGCGAAUGUUGCACUAGCAGAAAAAACGGAAAUGUCACGAAAUGCAUCAACUCUGUUUCUUGAAAAAUACAAUGUCCGUGAUGUAAAUUGAACUAGUUUGAUAUUGUACAGAUUGAAGAAAUCAAGCCAACAUUGUGGUUUAUACAUUCUGAAUUUACACUUCUGAUUUUCAUAACAUGUUGAACUACGAUCUUAUGUUGUUUCAUGCUUUGUCUCUAAACCUGCACAAUCAGUUUUUUUUCUAUUCUGGUAGAACAAACCAAUAUCUUAGUCAUGAAACUGAAUUGGGUUUAAAAAGUAACACAUGUGUUUGCAUCUCGUGUGAAAUUUUGUUUCAAGCAAUCUUACGCAAACUUUAUUCAUCUGGGGUAUCGAACGUCUUCGUCAGUGGUUUCCUUCGACCGUCUUUUGCAUAAGAUUGCUGCAGAAAAACUGCCGAAGAAAACCACUGACGAAGACGUUCGAUACCCUAUGUAAUGAUAAGAUAUCUAUUUUUGUAGAUAGGGUAGCGAACGGCUUCGGCAGUAUUUUUUUCCGGAAGGUUUCUGCAUAAGAUUGCUGCAGAAGACCUGCCGAAGCCGUUUGAUACCCUAAACGCAUCAUGGAAUUCUCUAUGCACUUUUUAUUUAUUCACUUUUUGGUUAUUCAAAAGCAAACGCAAUUAGGUAGUUACAAGGAUAAAAAGUAAUCAAUGAAUUCAUUAGAACCUACUUGUUAUUAAUUGCAGUUUUUUCAUGCUUUUUUGUUUCAAAUGUUUGUCUAAGAAAAGUGCAGCGAUAUCAGGUUUUAUUUCGUGCAACAUUUUCUAGAUUUUUGUUAAUUUUCAACGUUUCAUGUGUAGUACAUUACUCUGCAUUAUUGGUGACUCUAAUUAAUCAAUAACAUUAAGCUAUUUCAAACUUCAAGUCUGGAUAGGUAACAGUGCAAUUGCAGUAAGAAUAGAAAGUGCAAAAUUUAUUUCGUUAAUUUAUUUCGAGUUGGUAUCUAUAUUUUCAAAGGACAAGAAUUUAACGAAGAAUAUACUAAAAUAACUAGAAAUAUAAGGUGUAGGUUACAACUUAUGCAAACAAUAAAAAACUACAAAUUGUUACGAAUCACUGUGAAAUGUUGAAGACGCAGAAACUGAUGGCAGAAUUUGUUGUAAAUAUAUUGAAAUAUAGGUGCCAGUUGUUGAACGUAUUGUAGAAUACUAAUAAACUAAAUUAAAACACGUAAGAAGAAGCAGAGUUAAAAGGUCUUCUAACAUUUAUUCUUGCCGGCAAUGCGAUCCUUAGAAAAUAUAAAAUAAAAUAAUGCGACGAGCACUAGUUACUACUGUAAUCCUAAUAAUAUGCAAGACUAAUAUCUAUAAAUUAGUAGUGAAUGCCUACUCUUACUUCAAACCAAAGUUGCAACUAAGAAAGACCGCCCAAGUCUGACUGAUUUUUUCAAGCCUCUUAGGACAGUUUCAAUCGUCAUUUUGUGAAAAAUCUUUUCAAAUACUCAACAUAGGUCUCACAACACAUUCACAUAGAUUCAUGCUGUAUCCCGCAUCACAUUGUCAAUGCUUGUCUACAUUCGUAUUCGACCGAAUGUCGUUAGAGCUUUACCCUGCCUCCAUAGACAAGUAAAAAAAAAAGAAAAUCAGGAUGAUUGUUCUCAUAUGUAUCUUUUUGCUAUAAAAAGAAAUACAAAUUUCCAAGAAAUGUAACAAAUAGCGCUAUAUUAUAAAAAAAACUAUUAUAAAAUAAAGAAUCAAAACUGUAAACCCAGAA